AUGGCGAGGUACGACAGAGCCAUAACGGUGUUUUCUCCAGAUGGUCAUCUCUUUCAAGUCGAAUACGCACUCGAAGCUGUGCGCAAGGGUAACGCCGCCGUCGGCGUACGUGGCACCGACACCAUCGUUCUCGGCGUCGAAAAGAAGUCCACUGCCAAGCUCCAGGACUCCAGAUCAGUGAGGAAGAUCGUGAACCUGGAUAAUCACAUUGCUCUAGCCUGUGCUGGGCUCAAAGCAGAUGCUCGUGUUCUGAUAAACAAGGCGAGGAUUGAAUGUCAAAGCCACAGGCUUACUGUUGAGGAUCCAGUAACAGUUGAGUAUAUAACACGCUACAUUGCUGGUCUUCAGCAAAAGUACACACAAAGUGGUGGUGUGAGACCAUUUGGUCUUUCAACUUUGAUUGUUGGUUUUGAUCCAUACACGGGUUCACCAUCACUAUACCAGACAGAUCCUUCUGGGACUUUUUCGGCAUGGAAAGCUAAUGCAACUGGAAGAAACUCCAAUUCGAUAAGGGAAUUUCUGGAGAAGAACUUCAAGGAAACUUCUGGGCAAGAAACCAUAAAGCUUGCAAUCCGUGCUUUGCUUGAGGUUGUUGAAAGUGGGGGAAAAAACAUAGAGGUGGCUGUGAUGACUAAGGAUCAUGGUCUGCGGCAACUUGAAGAAGCUGAAAUUGAUGCUAUUGUUGCUGAGAUAGAAGCAGAGAAAGCGGCUGCUGAGGCGGCAAAGAAGGGCCCUCCUAGGGAAACAUGA